AUGGGCAGCUACGACCAUCGAGAUUUUUUGAGGGACGAUUACGGGCCGGAUGCAUAUUUCACUCAACAUGCUCUCUCGAUGAGUGUGCCGGAGGCUUCAUCCGGUCUCUCAAUCAGUUUGCCAACUACCAUGUCAUCGCCUCAGACAAGUUACAUACUCGCUCCCCCAACCCAUGGAUACCACUCUGAAGAAGCGUAUGCCAUCACCGGAAACUCGGCUAGUGCAAGGGGUCGAAGCUACAGCGGAGCAAGCACCGUCAGUGCGGACUACAGUGUUGCAAGUCAGGAUGCAACGCCCAGGUCACCCUACGCUUUCGUCGAGUCUUGCGGCGAGUAUCGAUUGUCAGAUGGCAGCCAGGUCAAUCACAUUGGCAGGCCCACAAUGCCUUCUCAGGGUAGAUCACCAGUGAUUCGGGAGAAGAAAGAGGUUGUGCCCAAACAAGAAGGGGACGGAGUCGUGUGCCCCAGCAGCAAGGCUAAUGCAGAUAAUCGGACGUUCUGUCCACAUGAGGACUGUUUGGGCGAAGACGGGAGUCCCAAAAAGUUCUUCAGCCGCAAGGCAGAUGUCACCAGACACUAUAAGUCUCGCCACGACAUCAAGUACAUUGACUGUCCCAAGAAAAACUGCGAGAGAAAGGGCAGCCAAGGCUUCACCAGACGAGACCAUCUGACCGAACACCUCCGAGGAUUCCACAUGGAAAAGAUUGCAAAGAGACCGGUUGGCAACACCAAGGCCAAGCGAGGUGAGAAGCAGGCGAGCGAGGAGAGCAACGGGUUUAACAGCUCGUCUGAAGGUCUCACUCCGCCGGACCACGGCGAGGACGUUUUUUACUUUGGGUCUGGAAAACAGGGGUUUGCAGGACCCAUUGACCAAGGCAUCAAACAGGAGUCUGCACAGUCGUCUGACGAAGAGGGCGACGACAUCUUCCCGGCCUCUGACGACUAUCUUUCCAAAAGGACGAAGAGGUUCAAGAACGCCGUCCAGAAGCGCAAGAGUAAGGCCAAGCAGGAACAUCCCAUCGCAAUAAGACAAGGCAAUAUGCAGCCUCCCACAUCGGCUGGGGUAGCUCAGCCUCAUCUUCACGGACUCAGUUUCCAACCGGGAUUCACAACCUCACAAAUGAUGCCAGACGCCACGACAUAUACCACGCACCAUCAGCAACAUCAGCAGCAACAUCAACAUCAUCAUCAACAGCAACCGCAUCAGCAACAUCAGGGCUACACCACAGGCAGCAUGAUAAGUCCUCUCUACGCCGCCACCUCGAGGAUGGAUUCCUUCUACGAUCCCUCGUCCAUGCCCCAAGCGUACGAGAACCUGCCCACUCAGCCGAUAUCACGCUAUCGAGGCGACUCUCUCGACGGCUCCCAUUUCCAGUCCAUGCAAGAGUGA